AUGAGAUUCUGGUGGGUCCUACUUGCCAUUGGAGCCUGCACAGAAAACAUAAACUCACAGGACAUGUGCAGGCAAGGGCAUUCUGGCAUCCCUGGGAGUCCUGGGCACAACGGUUUGCCAGGAAGAGAUGGACGAGAUGGAGCAAAGGGGGACAAAGGGGAUGCAGGAGAACCAGGACUUCCUGGAAGCCCAGGGAAGGAUGGAAUGAAUGGAGAGAAAGGAGAACGAGGAGCAGAUGGAAAAGUUGAGGCAAAAGGCAUCAAAGGUGAACCAGGCUCAAGAGGACCCCCAGGGAAGCAUGGGCCAAAGGGAUUUGUUGGUCCUAUGGGAGAGAAAGGCUUCAAAGGAGAGACAGGCCCUCAAGGGCAAAAAGGGAGUAAGGGUGAAGUGGGGCCCACUGGGCCAGAAGGCUUACAGGGCAAUCCUGGGCCUUUGGGCCCAACUGGCUUACGUGGCCCUGUUGGCCCCAUGGGAAAGCCUGGUCCCAGGGGAGACACUGGGCCCAUAGGGCCCCAGGGCGAGCCAGGAGACCGAGGAAUGAGAGGCUGGAAAGGAGAUCGAGGAGAAAAAGGGAAAAUUGGUGAGACUCCCGUGUUGCCAAAAAGUGCCUUCACUGUGGGGCUCACAGUGUUGAGCAAGUUUCCUUCUUCAGAUUUACCCAUCAAAUUUGAUAGGAUCCUAUACAACGAAUUCCACCACUACAACGUAGCCACUGGGAAGUUCACCUGCCACAUUGCCGGAGUCUAUUACUUCACCUACCACAUCACGGUGUUCUCCAGGAACGUGCAGGUGUCUUUGGUCAAAAAUGGGGUGAAAGUUCUGCACACCAAGGACGGUUAUAUGGGCUCUGAGGACCAGGCGUCUGGGGGCAUGGUUUUGGAGCUGAAGCUUGGGGAUGAGGUAUGGAUGCAGGUGACAGGACGAGAGAGGUUUAAUGGCUUGUUUGCAGAUGAAGAUGAUGACACCACUUUCACGGGCUUCCUACUGUUCACCAGAUCGUGACGGAGAUGGUUUAUAAACUUGCCUCACCAUCCACCAGAAUUAGCCUAAUGACGAAGUCAUUAGGUGAGUUUACGACAUUGAUUGCUGUAAUUACUGCAAUAAUCAUACAAAGGUGAGAAUAGGAAAGUUAAUGCCUAAAACUGUUUUUAUGAAAAUUACUGUCUUUCCAAGAAUAA